AGGGCCCCACUUGGUGGUUGACUAAUGAUGUAAACGCGUUGACACCUGAACACUCGCCAAAAGAUGUUAACUUGCCAGAAAAGGAUAGUGUUCUUUAUAUGGAUCGGCAGCAUCCAUUUCUUCAAGGAUGGAGACGCCAUCACUGGGCAACGCUUAUACAAAUACACGGAAGAUCCAUUAGUGGAACAGGUCGUGAUUUAUCCGUGGCUGAGUCCAAUGUAUCACACAAGUUAUCAACCGCCCAGCCUGAGAGAUGUUUAUGGUGAAGCACGACCACAUGGAGAUCGCAGUCGUUUGUUCUGGACGAGGUUAUUGAACGGCUUCAGAAAAGGCAAGCCGUAUACGUUAAAUCCGACAACGAACGGCCAAACACUGGGUGCGAUGGCAACAGGAAUCGAGUUGGCAAACAACUUUGCAGUUGCGCUUGGAGAAGAGGGAAUGAAACGAUUGGCUGCACUGGUUGCUGUGAAUUUAUCACCAGGCCCUCCAGGCCUAGCAGGACCUCCUGGAUCUAGUUGGCAAUUUUUGCCCAACGGGCCGCAAGGCUCGAAUGGCGAAAAGGGCGAUAAUGGCCAACUGGGAGGGUCCUUUCCAACACUAGCUGCUAUCAGUCAAUGGAUAAAAGGCGAAAAAGGAGAGAAAGGUGAAAGAGGUGAUUGCGGCUGUAACGAAGUACCAACCACUCUGGGUCCGACUACAACGAUAGAGACUACCGUUAGCCCAUUGACACCAGAAGUACCCACAGACUGGCCAACUACGAGCACAGAAAGACCGACAGACUGGCCCAAUGUCACAACAGAAGGACCUGCUGUAACCACAGACGGAACAACUACACCAACCGACGCAACAGCGUUAACCACCGACGUUCAAACUACGCCAGAUGGGUCAACGACAACCAGCCCAGUUGUAACGACAGAUGAGCCGUAUGCAACAACUGUAGAAUCAACAACACUCGAAGCCACCACACCGACAGCUGGGCCAACUACACCAACAGAUUUAAUUACAGAAGGGUUAACAACAGAAGAGCUAACGACCAUCAUUGCUGAAUCGACAACAAACGGGUUAUCCACGGACGUAUCAACUACGUCAACGGACGGUCCAGCUACUACGCCAACCAGUGCGCCAGUCUCAACCACAGAAGGCCAAACAACAACAAUCGAUGAAGUAACUCGUCCAACUAACGAGCAAACAACAUCAACAGAUUUAAUAACAGAUGAAGUAACAACCAACUUACCAACGACCACCGUCGUUUGGCCGACAAUAUCAACGGAUUUUCCAGUUUCUACGACGGACACGACGGAAAUCCUGACGACAGGGGAAGGACAAACUACGACAAACGAGAUUACCACAAUUCCGACGAUAACGACCACCCCUGCAGUUACAACAACGACGAACUAUCCGCCUGUUACAGAACCAAUUAUCGCUGAUUGCAGCGAGUCAAUCCAUCACCAGAAUGCCACCUGGCAAUCACCUGACUCGUUCUAUCCAGAACGAACAUCCAACACUUGCGUGUUGUCCAUCCAAUUGAAUUCCACCGAUGACACUAACGUUCAUGACGAACCCAUCUGCCAAAUACGACUUGACUUUCGAGAAUUCUUUAUCGCCCAACCGAACAGACAGAGCAAAUGCGCUACCGAUAAUUUCAGGGUCUUUAACGCUGAGAAUAAAGUACCUACACUUUGCGGAGAAAAUUCUGGCCAACAUUUAUACUUGACGCCAAGAUCCGGAACAAACGGAGUCCAACUCGGUUUCAAAUUUGGCCUGUCUCCGAUUUCACGGUUCUGGAAGAUUGAUAUCACUCUGAUACCUUGCUGCGCAAACCACAUACUUCCUCCCAACGAUUGCUUGCAAUAUUUCAACGAUUUCGGAGGAAUCGUCAAAUCCUUUAACUGGAUGGAUUCACCUUCCGUCAACAGACCUUCGAAUCACCCCAGACAAUUGGCCAAUCAACAGUACAACAUUUGUUUCAAAGCGAAUUCGUUAGCCAAGUCGAUUUGCUACACUCCUUGUCUUUCGGCUGGAUUGGCGUUCAGUGUUAGUCAAAAUGCUGGCCGGGGUCCGUUCAGGGCCGGCGUUGGCGUAACCAAUUGCAAAGAAGAUUUCUUACUCAUCGCCAACGGUUACGACCGAUUCGAUCCGAGUCAGAGGAACGACAGGUUCUGUGGCACAAUAUUCAAUCCGGAUGGAAACGUGACAGUCAGUCAGGGCGCUCUGAUCGCAUCAGCUUCAACCACCAUUUGUUCCGACAUCAAACCGUUUCAAAUCCAUUACGCGACCAAUGGAAACGAAUUGCCGGCGGAUGUGUCCAAUAACGGAUUCUGUCUGCAAUACGAACAAGAAUAUUUGACUAAAAAUCAGCUCUCGUCGUUGGAUCACGAUUCACCUGACGACAACUGAAACUGGCAUUUAAAGAAAAAGAAAAUUGUUGGCAAGUCGAGAAACUUGAGAUUUAUUAUCGCUAUUCCGGUUACAUGUUUCAAGAGAAAUUAAACAGCCCGGGUUUCUGUUACUAACCGAUGUUGUUGUUGCCGAAUGUAAAAACGUUGAAAUGGAAACAGAAAAUAGACAGUAGUAAUUUCA